CUUCAAGGAGAUGGCUAUGUAUUUCACCAGGGAAGAGUGGGCUCUGCUGGACCCCACUCAGAGAGCCCUCUACUGGGAUGUCAUGCAGGAGAACUAUGAGACUGUGACCUCGCUCGGCCAGAGAAUAACAUCCAUGUUUCGCUGCAGAUCAUCUCGUCCUCCCAGGGGCAAGGAAAUGGCUGCAAUGGAGCUGGCUCAGAGGCCGGUGACCUUCGAAGAGGUGGCUGUGUAUUUCACCAGGGAAGAGUGGGCUCUGCUGGACCCCGCUCAGAGAGCCCUCUACUGCUAUGUCAUGCAGGAGAACUAUGAGACGGUGGUCUUGCUGGGCCAGAGAAUAACAUCCAUGUUUCGCUGCAGAUCAUCUCGUCCUCCCAGGGGCAAGGAAAUGGCUGCAAUGGAGCUGGCUCAGGGGCCGGUGACCUUCAAGGAGAUGGCUAUGUAUUUCACCAGGGAAGAGUGGGCUCUGCUGGACCCCACUCAGAGAGCCCUCUACUGGGAUGUCAUGCAGGAGAACUAUGAGACUGUGAUCUCGCUGGGCCAGAGAAUAACAUCCAUGUUUCGCUGCAGAUCAUCUCGUCCUCCCAGGGGCAAGGAAAUGGCUGCAAUGGAGCUGGCUCAGGGGCCGGUGACCUUCGAGGAGAUGGCUAUGUAUUUCACCAGGGAAGAGUGGGCUCUGCUGGACCCCACUCAGAGAGCCCUCUACUGGGAUGUCAUGCAGGAGAACUUUGAGACUGUGACCUCGCUGGACCAGAGAAUAACAUCCAUGUUUCGCUGCAGAUCAUCUCGUCCUCCCAGGGGCAAGGAAAUGGCUGCAAUGGAGCUGGCUCAGGGGCCGAUGACCUUCGAGGAGGUGGCUGUGUAUUUCUCCAGGGAAGAGGGGACUCUGCUGGACCCCACUCAGAGAGCCCUCUAUAGGGAUGUCAUGCAGGAGAACUAUGAGACGGUGGUCUUGCUGGCAUCACCCCAAUAGGCCAGUGACACACAUACUACCGGAGACCCUCCUCUGCUGCAGAAC